GUGAAUCGAGAGAAUAGGAUAGAUCGCGUGAGUCGCGAGCGUGUCCGUUCGAGCCUUCUUCCGCUGACGGGAAAAUCUGGAGAGUCGAAGUGCUGGUCUCGAAAUGUCGUCCCUGAAGGGCGAUAAGACACCGUACGCGCGUCUUUGCCACAUCGUCAAGUGGGAUGACUUUGACGGUUACGGCUUCAAUCUUCACGCGGAGAAAGGGAAGAACGGGCAGUACAUCGGUAAGGUGGACGAGGGUUCCCCGAGCCAAGCCGCUGGCUUGAAGCAAGGGGAUCGAAUCAUCGAGGUAAACGAGAUUAACAUAGCCAACGAGACUCACAAGCAGGUGGUCGAACGCAUCAAGGCGUUCCCGAACGAGACCAAGCUCCUGGUGCUCGAUCAGGAGGCUGACGAGUACUUCAGGGCUAACAACGUCGUCGUCAAGGGCACCAUGGCGAACGUCAAGGUGAUCAAGACGCCGGAGAGGAAUCCGAACAGCGUGGAUCACGAGGAGGGAUCGGAUCACGGCAUCUCCGCCGACGAGAACGCACGAAAGUCGAGCGGGUCCAACGACACGGAGCACAGCGAUAGCACGGCAACGACGGUGAAUGCUUCUACGAUAGCGGUGACAACGACGAUGACGACGACGGCGUCGUCGACGACGAUGUCCUCGUUGUCGAGCGAAAACGAAGAGACGAGCGUCUCUCGAGAAAACGGCAGCGCCAAUUCGAGAAACAGCGAGACGACGGAGGCUCACGUUCACGGAACCGGCAACGGCACCGUGACCGGAAACAACGAGCCCAGGCAAGGUUUGAACCUGAAGAUGAGCGCGAAGGAGCUCAGGGCUCAGCUGGCGGCACGGAAGAAGUACGAUCCCAAGAAGGAGUCGAUCGGCUUCAAGGACAAAUUCGACAUCGUUCAGAAACUUUAAUUAUUAAGUCGGCCGAUCAAGAAGAACGAACGAACGCAAAAGAAAGAAA